AUGGCCUCCACCACCAACUGUGUCCAUGUACUCACCUUAUUUGUUAUAGUUACCAUUUCAAUGUUUACAGUUACUACAGCAAACAAGGACUGGCCCUCCUUUGGUAACUUUAACUACACUGAUUGGUGGUCACGAUUUGGAAACCAUAACCAUCAAAUAAAUAAGACACAACAAGAAUCCAACAACAUCAUCGUUGGUGGUUCUCAAAAUUGGCAUUUUGGCUAUAACUACACUGAUUGGGCUAUCAAGAAUGGUCCUUUUUACCUGAAUGAUACUCUCGUUUUCAAGUAUGAUGCUCCAAAUGCAACGAGUUUCCCACACAGCGUUUACAUGUUUUCAAGUUGGAAGAGCUUCAUGAAGUGUGAUGUUAAGAAGGCUAAGAUGCUUGCCAAUCACACACAAGGUGUUGGAGAGGGAUUCAAGUUCGUGUUAAACAAAUGGAAGCCUUAUUACUUUUCAUGCGGUGAAAAAAAUGGAUUACAUUGCGACAUUGGACAAAUGAAGUUUGCUAUUAUGCCGAUGAUUCGUCCUUUCUGGCCAUCAAGGCCUUGA